AUGGCUAUGGCUCAGAUGUAUCUCUCCGCGGGACCUAUGGUCCCAGACCCCGAACCGCUCUCAUUCUGGGGAAGCAAGAACAGACAGAAAAAGAAGGCAGCUUUGCGUGCCAGUGACACGCAGCAGACAUCGAAUACCACCAUCCCACAUCGCCGUGGACAUCAUGAUGUCCAGGCUGUCCCCACAUCGCCGCCCACGGAGCAACCCAGUUCCAUCAGGGCCUUAGCGCGCAUGCACGGUCGAAGUCGCUCAUCGCGACGGGCAUCGCCGCCUCCACCUUCAAACCGCGAGCCGUCUCCGGCACCUCCGUUGCCUGCGUACGCAUUGCCUUCACCUCCAUCAGGCGUGCCAGUGGCCCAUGCCAGGGAUGAUAAUGGUGAUGAGGCUCGUCAGACGACGUCAAAACAGCCAUCCGCGAUAGAGAGUUGGCGACGCGCCGUAGUAACAGCUUGA